GGAAACAAAGCACCUGAUUCGGCUACUCAGCUCAAGUUCAGUACACAAUUUGUCUUCAACCUCCUGCACGGACAGGAGUCACGCGCUGCUCGCGUGAGUGCGCACUACCGCGGCGGGGAGCUGGUGCGGCGAGGCUCCAUAACCUUCCCCGCGUGCAAGGACGAGGCUGCCCCUGCCGGCUACCAAGCCCCGCAAGCUCAGCCGUCCGAUGCGCCGCAAAACACCUGGAGGCCGAAACCCUAGCAUCCACGGCCACCGGCAAUCUUGGUCCUCCACCGCCUCCGCUGGGCUAUAAAAUGGGGCAUGGGGGUCGCCCUCAGGCCAUCCUCAAGUCCCGGGCUUUGCCCGUUCCCAGAUACGGAGUGUUGAGGGCCGGGUUGAGAGGGUGCCGGGGGUAGAGGGGUGGAGGAGGAGGGGUGUUCCGCCGGGAAGGAGGAGGCGCCGUCCGAGGGAGCUGCUCGUGGGGAAGAAGAAGCCGUCCGAGGGAGCCGUCCGCGAGGAGGAGCCGCCGCCGGAAGCUGUUCGCCGGAGAAGAAGCGCCGCCGUGAAGAGCAUCGCCGCUGGCUACCUCGUCUACACCACCGCUGCCCUUCUUCCUCUCCAGCUAGCCGACGCGAACUUCGACCGAGGACGACCUGCACGAUCGAGGAGGACGCGAACAACUUCGAACAAGAUGUCAACGGACGACUGGCGUACAUUCGAGGGUAGCGGACUACACUACGGGGGCUUCUGCACUCUCCUUCGCGAGUGCUUGGAGCGCGUCGGAGUUCGCACUUCCCGCGUGCUCUACAAGGGCCGCAAGCGUGGGAGUGGAGACUCUGUGCCCACGGAGGUGCGGCUGACCGUGCCGGCUGAUCCCUGUGUGCCCGAGUUCGAGCAGGUGGUGGUUUUCGCCUUCGAGCUCUCAGUCGCAGAAGCACACACGACAGCAGCAAGGAGAGCUGUGCGCGAGGUUCAUGCUCACCUCCGGGAUCGCUUGGCUCGCACCCCGUACCGCUUCGUGCCUCGGGGGUGCCGCGACCCAAGAGACCUUGAGCGUGAGGCUCAGGAGUUCCACCACGACGACUUCGAGGAGUCCGACGAGAGGCUCCGAGUAGCUGCCCGCUGCAUCCACGCCCAGGAUCUCACUCUCUGCCACUACGAGCGCGAGAUGGAGGUCCUACGCAGGGGAUGGGAUAACAGCAUUGGGCACAACGCCAUGUUGGAGGGACAGCUGGAGGGGCUUUCUUGCUGCUUAGAGCGGUUGGAUCAGACUAACUGCCGUCUGCGGGAUGAGAGCAAUGCCGCUCCAGACGCGUUCAAAGAUGCUGAGAAGAUCGCCAUGCUUGAGGCCAAGAUCGUUCAAAUGGAGGAGGCUCUACACCUCAGGAACAAGUUGAUUGAUAAGAAGAGAGCUCAGCUCAGGGACAAGGAUGAGUUGGUGGGAAACUUGAACACCGUGCUUGCUACCAAGGAUGGGGCCAUCAACCAGCUCCACCACAGACUCCACCGCAACUACGACAACAUCGUCCACCUCAGCUCCCGAUGCUACAGAGACAGGGACAUGGUUGAGAGGUUGCAGGCAGCUUGAGAGCGUUCGGACCGCAGGCGGAGGAUGGAGCUAGAG